GUAAUCAAUGUUGUGCUUGUGUCUAUAUUAAAUUUUAAUAUAAAUUGUGGAAACUUAAUAAUAUGGGGCAAAACCAGUCAGGAGGUGGAAGUGGUGGAGACAAGAAAGAUGACAAAGAUAAAAAGAAGAAGUAUGAACCUCCAAUCCCUACUAGGGUGGGAAAGAAGAAGCGCAAAGCAAAAGGCCCCGAUGCAGCUUUGAAGCUGCCUCAAGUUACACCACAUACAAAAUGUCGAUUGAAAUUAUUAAAAUUAGAACGUAUCAAGGAUUAUCUCCUCAUGGAAGAAGAAUUUAUUAGAAACCAGGAGCGUCUGAAGCCUCAGGAAGAAAAGAUUGAAGAAGAGAGGUCCAAGGUUGAUGACCUUAGGGGUACACCUAUGUCUGUAGGCAAUUUAGAGGAGAUUAUUGAUGACAAUCACGCAAUUGUCUCUACAUCAGUAGGAAGUGAACAUUAUGUCAGCAUUCUGUCCUUUGUGGAUAAGGAUCAAUUGGAGCCUGGCUGCUCUGUACUUUUGAAUCACAAGGUUCAUGCUGUUGUUGGUGUACUGGGUGAUGAUACUGAUCCAAUGGUGUCAGUUAUGAAACUGGAAAAAGCGCCUCAAGAGACUUAUGCAGAUAUUGGUGGACUGGACACACAAAUACAGGAAAUAAAGGAAUCAGUUGAGUUACCUCUAACACAUCCAGAGUAUUAUGAAGAAAUGGGUAUCAAGCCACCUAAAGGAGUCAUAUUGUAUGGACCUCCUGGAACUGGCAAAACUCUCUUGGCAAAAGCAGUAGCCAACCAGACUUCAGCUACGUUCCUUCGUGUUGUUGGAUCUGAACUGAUUCAGAAGUAUUUGGGUGAUGGUCCUAAACUUGUACGAGAAUUAUUCAGAGUUGCUGAGGAACACGCGCCAUCUAUUGUUUUCAUAGAUGAGAUUGAUGCUGUUGGCACAAAACGUUACGAUUCUAACUCAGGAGGAGAGAGAGAAAUUCAAAGAACUAUGUUAGAACUUCUCAACCAAUUGGAUGGUUUUGAUUCUAGAGGAGAUGUGAAGGUUAUCAUGGCAACGAACCGAAUAGAAACUUUAGAUCCAGCUUUAAUUAGACCCGGCCGUAUAGACCGUAAGAUUGAGUUUCCACUUCCAGAUGAGAAAACUAAGAGGAGAAUCUUCACUAUACACACAUCAAGAAUGACAUUAGCCGAUGAUGUAAAUCUUUCUGAGCUGAUCAUGUCUAAAGAUGAUCUUUCAGGAGCCGACAUUAAGGCUAUAUGCACAGAAGCUGGCUUGAUGGCUCUUCGUGAACGACGUAUGAAGGUUACCAACGAGGACUUCAAAAAGUCGAAGGAAAGUGUGCUGUAUCGCAAGAAGGAAGGCACACCAGAAGGACUUUAUCUUUAAUUGUUUUAAUUUAGCAUCAAAUGUAACUCCAGCUCAUCAUAGCUUUUGUUUUGAUAACGGAAUUAUUGAUGAUAUGUAAAAAAUAAAUAACAGAAGUAAAUGUAUUAAUCAGAAAAGUAUUUUUAUUUCAUAAUUUUACUGAUAAAACAUAUUAUUUCAUUUAGUUUGUCGCAUUAAGUAUCUAUAAAUAGGCGGUCGAUUACUUCAAUGGUUUACUAUAAACUACUUCACUCUUCCACUAAGAUUUUCCUGGAUAUUUUAUAAACAUUUAUAAUCUUUGCCUUGUAAAAUAUUCGUAUGCAAAAUAAAUUUUUUAAACUUUUUCGAUAAUAAGUAAAAAAAAAGACGUACGUAAGUUCAGACGUAAAGACCGAUUUCCUACACAUCGUAAUUUCUAUUGAAAUGCUAACUUCCGGGAACAUUAACUUCGUACUCGUUUCCUUUUUCCGGAGAGAAAUAUAAAAAUGAAUUCUCUUACCGUAAUGAGUCUUCACCCUCUCAGUCUGAAGGUUACUCCCGAACCAUCACAUGCAUAGACCAAGUAAUAUUAUAUAUAGGGCAAUCUCAUGAAGGUCGUUGGGUUGGAACGAAACUGUGGCAGCGCUGUCGUCGCGUCGUAAGCGAAAUGCACUAAAGCCUAAAUCGCGCUAUUAAAGUUCAGAAUAUAACGUGCUAUAUAUAAAAUAGCUCCGAAAUAACACACGGAGCGUUGGCCGCUGUGCGGGUAGAACACCUUCCCGGGUGGGGGAGAUCUCCCCCUUUCCUCCCACGGCCAAACUGGGGACCCCGAUAUAAAGUGAACACGACGCAACCAACAGCCUUCGGAAACUUCUACUUAACCGGUUUAGUGCGGAUGGCACGCGAGUCGUGUCUUUUUAAAAAUCGUGAUAACUCGCUCAAAUUGCAUUUUUGGAAGAUUUAUCCAGAACAAAAUAUUCAUUAUUUUGCAAGUAGUUCAUGCCAGGUUCCUUUUUGGAUAUUUUGAAAUUUUUAGAGGUUGACAACCUUUUCUUAACUUUUACAUGGUACUCUUUUUACUUUGUGGGUUUUUUAAAUUAUGUUGUGGAAAAAUAGUCUAAUAAGUAACAAAUAAUAGCACUCAUUGCGAUCGCUCACAAGCUCAAGUUGUAAACAAGUUUCUGGAAAACAAGUCUCCUGUUCAAAAAAUAAUGCGUUUGUCUUAUUGUUUAAAUUUGCUUAAAAUGAUUGAACUGCCGUCUUAUUACUAUCAUAUGGGCGAAUAGACCUACGAAGUACCAUGUGCUCUUACCUUACCUUAUGAUAUAAGGAAUAUUUUUGCUUGAAACAGUUCGAAACCGUUCAUGCAUAAAAAAGUUCGCUAAUAAAUAGUCUUUCGUCAAUCCGCCACCGUAUAGCGCCGGCGUUUGUUUCCUUUUGAAAACACUUGUUUUGCUAUUCUUACUAAUUAGACGGUUUCAGAUCGACUUUACUUUUACAUUUGUAUAAUAUUAAAUAAUAUUUAACAAUUGUAAAUAUCAAUGAAUCAUAAACCUUUAAUUUUUUCCAAAAUUAGGUUCUUGAUUGUUUGAUAUUUACAAAUGUUAUUAUUAGGUGAAAAUUUAAUUUAAUAAAAACCAAGGGUUUUCAGGGUAAUAUACCUGUACCUACUUAUAUAAAUAAUUUUUAAUAUAAAUUUUUAUAAAACAAAAAAUAGUACAAAAGGUUUGUAAUCUCUGCAAAAAAAAAGUCACUCUCAAUUUCAAAGAAAACACGUAGAAAAACACGUAGCUACCCACUAAAAACAAGUAUUUUUCCGUUUGUAACUGAUGUUUGAUGUCAACUAAACUUAAUUAGGUCU